AAAGAAACAAGUCCAAUGUCUGGACGCAGCAAGGGUGGGAAGGGCCUAGGCAAGGGCGGUGCCAAGCGCCACUGCAAGGUGCUGCGAGACAACAUCCAGGGCAUCACCAAGCCCGCCAUCUGCCACCUGGCCCGGCGUGGCGGCAUCAAGUGCAUCUCAGGGAUCAUCUACAAGGAGACCCACGGCGUGCUCAAGGUCUUCUUGGAGAAUGUCAUCCACGAUGCAGUCACCUACACGGAGCAUGCCAAGUGCAAGACGGUCAUGGCCAUGGAUAUGGUCUACACGCUCAAGUGCCAGGGCCGCACGCUCUACGGCUUCAGCAGCUGA